CUCUUCCUCUACAGUACUGUUUGGAACUCUCAUUUGCAGUCCUUUCUCUGAAUCCCUAGAGAAGCAGAGAAACCAAUUUCUAUCUGUUGAUCAUCCUCUUCCAUUUGCCAGAAAGUGGUUCCUUAAGCACUGGAGGCUGUGACACUCAAAUUUCACAGAGAAAGUUGUUGUAGAAGGAAAUAUUAACUCUACAAUUAUGAACCAGACUGCCUGCCUUGAACCAAGUAAGAAACAUCAUGAGUUUGGUGAUUUGACACACAAUCUUGUUUCAGAUGUUGUUGUGGAACAAGGCACAGCGCAAGAAUGUGGGAAUGGACAUUAUGUUGAUGAGCAACCCAGUUACUUCCCACCUGAACUGGUCGGUUGUGGUCCAAAGAAUUCUCAAACAAUGUAUCAUUGCUACCUAAUUGAGUUGAAGCAGAAUUUUGUUUAUGAUGUUUCUGUUCAUGACAUCAUACUUGCCAUGAGAAGUGAGCUAGAUUCUGAUGUUGCAAGCAGCAUGCAUUUUGACUUGGAAGUUGACCGGGGUAGCUUGUCAGUGAACUUUAAAUAUGUUGGAGUGAUUCAUCUUUGCCCAGAUCAGGUCCUUUUGUGUAGAACCUUUCAGAUUACUCUUUUUAGAGUUCUUAAAGAUCAUAAUUUGAAUAAUUUGAAGGAUCUUUUGGAUGGAGAUUGCUCAGGAGAUAAUAUUGAGAUUGACUAUCUAUUGCUUCCAGCCACUGAUAAAGAUGGUGGACCUUUGAUUGAUUGGAACUGUGUUACUUCUGUUCACUUUUCAAGUGAAAAGUUUUGGGAAAAUCACUUGAAUUGUUCUUAUCCAAAGGGCUAUGCUCGUUCUGCACAGACCAUAGAUGGUUCUGUAUGCACAUGCAUGCUUCAGAGUUCUUUGAUCUAUACCCCUCACAGUGGUCAUGUGUAUUGCACAGCUGGAAUUUUGGAAUUGAAUGGAAACUCACUUCUGAAGCUCAAGAAAGGCAGAAUGCUUACAUACAAGGAGUUCUAUGAAGAAAAGCAUGGCGUCAAGCUGCAUUUUGAUCAUGAAUCAUUGCUUAAUGGGAGACAUAUUUUUCAGGUGCAAAAUUACCUUCACAGAUGCAGAAAACAAAAGGAGAAAGAAUCAUCAAGUUAUUCAACAGUUGAAUUGCCUCCAGAACUCUGCAAAAUAAUCAUGUCACCAAUAUCAAUCACUACAUUUUAUUCGUUCUCAUUUCUUCCUUCGAUCGUGCAUCGGCUUGAGUCUUUGCUUAUAGCUUUCAAUUUCAAAAAGAUGCAUUUGGAUCAUUGCAAGCAAAAUGAUGUUAUUCCAACCAUCAAGGUCUUGGAAGCAAUUACGACUAAGAAAUGCCAAGAGGAAUUCCACUUGGAAUCCUUAGAAACUCUUGGAGAUUCUUUUCUCAAAUAUGCUGCUAGUCAACAACUUUUUAAGACCUAUCAAAAUGAACAAGAGGGCGUCCUUAGUGCAAAGAAAGAAAAAAUAAUUUCUAAUGUGGCUCUUUGCAAGUCUGGAUGUGACCACAAACUUCCGGGAUUCAUUCGGAAUGAAUCAUUUGAUCCUAAAAAGUGGAUAAUUCCUGGAGAUAGAUCUCAAAGUUAUGCAUUAAGUGAGGAGUUGCUUCUUAGUAGGAGGAAAAUCUAUGUUAGGGAAAGUAGGAAGAUGAAAAGUAAAACAAUUGCUGAUGUUGUUGAAGCACUAAUUGGUGCAUUUCUGAGCACAUGCGGUGAAACAGCAACCUUAUUAUUUAUGAAUUGGAUGGGAAUGAAGGUAGACUUCCACGUUACACCGUAUGAAAGGCUCUUCCAAGUUCAUGUAGAGAAACAUCUAAAUGUCAGACAAUUGGAGUCUUUGUUGGACCACCAAUUCCAUGAUCCCUCUCUCUUACUGGAAGCUUUGACCCACGGUUCUUACAUGCUUUCUGAGAUUCCAAGAUGUUAUCAGCGACUUGAAUUUCUUGGGGACGCAGUGUUAGACUAUCUCGUGACCUUGCAUUUCUACAACAAAUAUCCAGGGUUAUCACCAGAACUGUUAACUGACAUGAGAUCUGCUUCUACGAAUAAUGAUUGUUAUGCACGAUCUACAGUUAAGUCUAAACUGCACAACCACAUCCUCUAUUCGUCAGAAGAACUCCACAGGCGUGUAGUCGAAACGGAGAACAAUUUUGAAAAGUUAUCUUUAGAAUCAACUUUUGGAUGGGAGUCAGAGACACAUUUUCCCAAGGUACUUGGUGAUGUUAUAGAGUCUUUGGCAGGAGCCAUUCUUGUCGAUUCGGGAUACAAUAAGGAGAAAGUCUUUGAGAGUAUAAGGCCUCUUUUGGAGCCUCUGAUUACUCCCGAAACAGUGAUGCUCCAUCCUAUAAAAGAGUUAAAUGAGUUGUGCCAAACAAGGCAUUAUGAUAAGAAAGAACCCAUCAAGUCGCGUAACGAGGGUAUGACUUCAAUUACAAUAGAGGUUAAAGCAAAUGGGAUCUCUUUCAAGCAUACAGCUACAGCUGCUGAUACUAGGACAGCGAAAAAGAAUGCAUGCAAAGAAGUAUUGAAGUCUCUGAAACAAAGUCUGAAAUAAAUUCAGGAAGCAAGUCCUGACCAGAGUUUUUAGCUUCAUAUGGUAAAAUUUAUUAGGAUACAUAUAUAAGUGGAGUUUUAGGAAAAAUUUCUCUUAUAUACCCAUAAGUUUUUUCAUGUAUUGAAUUAUUAAUUUUAUGUUU